UGUAAUUCUCUCAGCUCCCCAUCUCUCUCUAGAAAAUUUUAGAGGGGAAAAACAAAAUUAUAUAUAAAGUUUCAGUUGGAAGAGGGGCAUUGAAUGAGGGAACCCAGAAGCCCAAAUUUUUAGGUAGGAUUUAGAUUUUUUGUUGUUGUUCUUCAACAGUUUGGUUUGAUUAGCGCUAAAAUUUCCAACUCGGACCACUGAGCAAUGUCGUCGCUCGACAUUGACGGGAUUUUGGUUAACACGAAGGAGCUCGAUCGGCUCCGGAAGGAGCAGGAGGUUGUUGUUCUCGAGAUUAACAAGAUGCACAAGAAACUCCUCGCCACUCCGAAGGUGGUUGAGAAGCCUGGGGAUAAUUCAUUGUCAAAACUGAAGCAUUUAUAUACUCAAGCAAAACAGCUUUCAGAGGAUGAAGUGAGCGUUUCCACAACCUUAUUGGGCCAACUUGAAACUUUGCUACCCGCUGGACCUCCUGGGCAACCAAGGAGAAGGAUAGAGAAAGCGAAGAGAAUGAAGGCAGAUCCAGAUAAUGCUCGGCUUUCACCUGCCAUGAGAAACCUUGAGGCUUGUGCUAAUCUGAAGGAUGAACAGGUGGCAGCCAGGGUGACACCAGAUGGGGCUGAGAAGGAUGAAUGGUUUAUUGUAAAAGUGAUGCACUUCGAUAAGGAGACAAAACUAUUUGAAGUACUAGAUGAAGAGCCAGGCGAUGAAGAUGAAGGUGGAGGGCAGAGAAAAUACAAGUUACCAAUGUCAGCCAUCAUUCCUUUUCCAAAACGAAAUGAUCCUUCUACUGUCCCUGAAUUCCUACCUGGAAGACGCGUUUUAGCUGUUUAUCCAGGAACAACCGCUCUUUAUAGGGCAACGGUUGUCAACGGUCAUCGCAAGAGGAAGACAGAUGAUUACUUGUUGGAAUUUGACGACGACGAGGAAGACGGGUCGUCGACGUUGCCCCAGAGAACAGUACCCUUUCAUAAGGUGGUGGCCUUGCCUGAAGGACUUCGCCAGUAAGCUGCCUGUAUUUAUAUUUGUGAAUAAAAUAUAAGGUUGUAAAUCGUAGACUAAAAAUUCUGCAUUCUCUACUUAACAUUUGUGUUUAAAUUUGAGAGAUGACAAUGUAUGCAAUUUCUCUUCACACUUUGCCUUCUCAUGAUGAGUUAUUGGUGAUCCUUUUUCAAUGCUUGGAGGAAUGCCAAUACUAUGUCUUCUCA